GUUUGGAGUUAAAAAUUAGCAAUCCCCACUUGUCUCUAUUUGCCAGAAGCACAUCGUUAUGGUUUGGGUCCAAUGGAAAGAAGGCGGAAAAUUUUGGUUGAGUGCUAUGCCGAACUGUGGAUAAACCAUGUAAACAUCGCCUUUCGUGAAAAAGCGAUCACGUAACGUUUUUGUUCAAUAAAUUUUGAAGAUCACACUUGCUGCAAAUUCGAUAAUUCCGAAGUUAUCUUAAUAAAGUUGGGAAAGAUUUUUAGAUAUCAAGUCUGGACCAGUCUUGUUGAAAAAGACUUUUCCGGCCUGUUAGAGAUCCAUGGUUUUUUUCUGAGAUUAAAAGAUUCGUGUGAAAGAUCGAAGUCAUGGCGCACAACAUUCCUGAAGGAGACAUCAGCGUUCAGCUGCACACAUGGGCGAUGAAAGAGAUGAAUUUUCAUCCCAAGGCAGCUUUCAGUGGUUCCAGUAUUCCAUCACCAGAUGAUUUUAAAAGCAUUUGCCGAGGUACCCAGCAGAUUGAGUUAUGGAAGUAUGUUGUCCAGCAUGUAAGGUCUUUGCAAACAGUAAAAAAAGUACGAGGAAAUUUGGCUCUCCAAAGACGAACCCGUUGUAAACCAUACAGAGUGAGUUACCAGACAGACACACUGUACAGUGAUGAACAGCAGCAGAUGCUGGAGCAAAGGGCUAGUCUGUUACAGGAGAUGACAUCGGAUCUUUCUGAUAUCCGACAGCUGGAGCAUGAGAUUAAAAGAAUGUCAGAGGAAAUUCAAGCAACAGAACGAGAGUACCAGCAUGGAGUGGAGGCACUGCGAGAUGUGAGGAGAAAGACUUGCCUUCUUGGUGUUUUCACUGCAUACAGCGAUAAUCUGACAUCACAAAAUGAAGCAUUUGCUGAAAAGAUAGACAUCAAAGUUGAUGCUUUGAAACCAAAAGAGACAGACCCUCAUCUUCAUCCAAAAUCAGAAGGAAAUGAGCUGGAAACAACAACUAUGCGUCAAGUCCGAGAAUCAUGUGAAAGAAUUGAAAACUUUCUUCAUCACACCCUACAAGGUUCAUUUGGCAAGGACAAAACAAUGUUCAGUACAAAGAAAGAUCAGUUAUGGAAAACAGUGGAGAGAACUCUCCGCGAAAACAGAAUAGGGCAAGUGUUGUCUGCCAUUGAACAGCUGAGUCAGGCUGGCGCAAAUGCAAUCCGAGAACACACCCUGAAGAUCAACCUGCAACAGGAUGCCCAGAAGCUCAGGUUUAAAUAUAGAAGAGGGGGCCAUUUAACUGAUGCUUCCAAACAGCCAACAGCCCUUCAAAGUGUUCACCAGCUUCUGCAGGAUAGCCAGUUGCAGCAUGUCCUACGGUAUGUGGAAACUGAAAAACAUCGGAACACAGUGUUUCGCCUGGUAGAGGGUCUGAACACAACUCGAGGCCUAAUCAACUCUUCUUUAAAAAAGUACUUAGGAAGUGAAGCAGGCAGUCUGCAGCUAGCUUCUGCCGUAGUGCAGGCUAAGCUGGAUCUCACAGCUGAUCGUGCUGCUGCCUUAUUGCUUCGUCAAGAAGCAGAGGCACUGAGAGAAAAAGUAGCCAAGGGAUGUACUGAAAGAGACAACCUACUUGCAAUUCAUCGCAAAAUACAGGACUUUUAUGAUCUGGCUAAUGCCAAGCAAAAUCUCAUCCAGGUAGUUGCCAAACAGAAUGCUGGUGCACGGUCACGCCUGGCUGCACAGCAACAAGAAAUCACCCUCUACAUCUUGCGGUCACUGUCUGGCCAUGAAUCAGAAAUAUAUACUUUGACCACAGACCUCAAGGGCAAUGUUAUUGCAGAAGUGGACAGAUUUGCUUCCCUCUCCAUGCCAUAUCUUGCAUGGCUUUACCUUGACAGCACUACAAAGUGCAGUUUGUUGGACUUGUCCAUUAAUUACAGAAAUCACCCAGCAGCUACAUCCAUCCGACAGCCUCUCCAGGCAGUGCUCUCACAUCUUGAAUUCCCAGAUUUCAAGGCAUCUGAGUGCAUCCUACAUCACUGCCUACAGCUGAAGCAGGAGCUAGAGAGCACAGCUGCAAGCACCAGUGCCCAAAUUUCCAGCUGUCAGCAGUUGGUUUAUGUCAGUGGCUUCAGUUGCAACCUUGACAAUAUAACAGAUCUGUGCGAGAAGGUUAAGUCUCAAGACAAGAAGGAAAUAGAAAACUUAUUGCCCAGAUUGCAGAAACGCAUUUCAAAGACAGCACAUGCCUCUACAGAGUGUAUUAAGGUCAAGGACCAUGUCCAGGCAUGGUGGGAACAACCAGCCCAGUUUGUCACACCAUGGCUGAUGGUGGAAGAUCACACAUACCAACAGUGGUACAACAAAUGGCGUAUCAUUGCCACUAAAAUUCGCCAGAUGCAAGUGGAAAAAUAAACUGCUCCAUGCUACAGAUACCUUGGUGUUUUGAGGGGUGAAGUCAAAGCAGUGCAUUUGGGAAAAUGAGAGAACACAAAGGGUUUGGACCACUUCAGUUUCUUAACCUGUAUGGUCAUUAGUGGGACUUGAAAUGCAGCAACUGACAAGGUUGAAAGUGGAAGCAGGCAGGACCAGCAUGGGAAAGUCUUUUGUCUUCUUGGGCCAACCAGGCAGGCGACUAAUGAUUCACUACCACUAACGUUUUGUGGAAUGAAGCCUAUACAAGUCUUUAAACAGCACCAAUAGCAGAAAUUGAACUAAGGCCACGUACCCAAUUCCAUUUAAAAAUUGUGAUGGUUUAAGCUUUGGUUUUGUUUUUGUUUUUUUAAUUUAAUUUUUGGCAUUUAACUCCUGGUCUUGUUUAAUGCAUGUAUUGCUUGUUGAAUGUUUUAAUGCCAGUAAAGUGCUUCUGAUAUGCACUAGA